UUAUACUGUAAUAGAUAAAUAAUAACAGUGCUUGAUAAUCUGCAGACCUGAUUUGCAUAGGUUUUUGGCAAGAUCUCAGUGACACUUUAAAAACUACUCCUUCAAUUAAAGUUUGUAGUACUCCACAUGUUUUCACACUGAAUUGAUUAGUAUUGUUAUCUUUAGUCUUUCCUUGAUCGAUAUACUGUGUUUCAAUUAGAACUAUUGAGUUCAUCUUUUCAAUUUUCAAAAAUUCAAGUUGAUAUUAGUUACCAUACUUUAAAUGUUCAUUUCAAUAUUUCUUAAAAUUUAAAUACAUUUUUCUGUUGACAAUAUUUGUAUUUUCAGAUAAAUUUAUUGGCUUUAUAUUGGAAACAGUUGCACAACCAUUGAAAUGGAUCGUACUUAGUACCCAAUAUAAAAACAAGAUACUUUAAAUUUUGAUAUGUACUGGUGAAGAACAGACUUCAAAGGCAUCACAAAACUGCACACUGUGGGAGCUUUGGCGUUUCCUCAUUUGCAUUCGGCUGAGUGAACAUUGCCUGGUCGAGUUCUCUCCUCACUUAAUUAUGUUAACUGUACAUCCAUAGUAACAAUAUAUAGUUUUUAUUAAAUAUAAUAUAAAGGUUUUCAAUGCAUUUAUUUUAGGAUGGCCACACUCCUCUACAUCAUUGUUUUUUGUUACCUGAUCAAACUUAUAAACACCAUCUUUCGGUGGCUCUUGCAUUACUGAAGCAUCAGAGAAAUAUGUCUUCUGUAAAAGACAAAAAUGGCAAAACUGCUGUGGAAUUAUAUGAAGGGCAUCAGUGUAAAGCAUAUGAUGACACAACUAGGUCAGUACAUAAACAAGAACUGCUUAACAUAUUAAAAGACGUUCCUGAAGAGAUAAUUCUUCGUGGAGAGGAAGCAAUAGAAAACUUCAAUACAUCAAUAGAAGAUGGAGGGAAAAAACUAUGUAAUGUCAAAAUCAUGGUGUUAGGGGACGAACAUGUUGGGAAAACAUGCAUUACCAAUAGACUAGUUCAAAAACCCUUUAAUCAACAUGAACCAAGCACCGACGGCAUAGUAAUAUCCAAGCUUUGUCGUAUCAAACCUAAUGAUACAUGGACACUCAUUUCUAAAGAAGAAGGACAAGCCAAACAGCUUCAUAAAGAAGCACUUGUUGAAUCCUUUGUAGACACAUCACUAAAAACCAAGAAAAUCACUCAAGAUACAGGAACUGAUUCAUUAACAGAUAUAACUGUUCAGAUGAAGCACAUGGAUAUUCAAGAUUUGCCUGAGCAUCUCGAAGAUGUAGAGGAAAAUAAAGAUGUACGUCACAAAAAGAAAUGUGUUGAAUUGUCAACAAGUUUAAAAACACAAGAGAAAGACCAGAAGAAGGAAAUAGAGAAGAUGAAUAGAGAGCUAGCACUUCCAAAUGACUUUGCUGAAAGUGUACUUAAAUAUUCGUCAAAAAUGAAACCAAACAGAGGGAAUGAACUGUCUGUAAAGAUAUAUGACUUUGCAGGCCAGCAGGUGUAUGCUUCAACACAUCAGGUGUUCUUAGCAUCAAGAGCUGUUUAUAUUCUUGCAUUCAAUCUUUUGGAUGACUUGGACUCAAAUCUCAAACAUGAGCAUAUUCAAUACAGCGAUCAGACUCGCAUGAAUAAGGUGAAGAUGAAGUUAAAUCUAAAGAGUUCAUCAAAGACAGUAGUGCUUGAAGAGACAAAUCUUGAACGGCUUCAUUUUUGGCUGAAGUCAAUACAUGCAAAUGGAAAAGUAAGUGGACAAGCAGCAGGUCAACAGCAACUGUCACCACCUAUAUUCAUUGUUGGAACACACAUGAAAAAAUUAUCUGGAAACAAAACAAGAAGAGAACAGAAGCUUAAGGAGAUAGAGGAGAAGAUAUUCUUGUCAUUAAAAGAUACUCCUUAUGAACGUCAUGUUGUUAGAAAACUGUUUGCCGUUGAAAACAGCUUAAAGAAAGACAAAGGAAUUUCAGAACUUAGAAGUCACUUGGAAAAGGUUUGCCUUGCUGAGCCCUACAUGGAUUUUCUUACCCCAGUAACCUGGCUGAAAUUGCUUGCAGAUCUAGAGGAGAAGCAAAAUGAAGGAAAGCACUGUCUUAAGCUAGAAGAG